AUGGUAGAAAGCCACAACUUUGAUAAGGAAAGCACUAAAAGAUAUAAUAAGGUAAACUCUGGACAUUUCUGUGAAAAUCUGGAGAGAUUCCACAUUUUUGACUACCUAUUUGUUCUAUCCAUGGUUUUUGCAAUUGAAGAGAUAAACAGAGACCCUAAAUUAUUGCCAAAUGUGACCCUGGGAUUCCAGAUUUUUGAUUCAUGCUAUUCCAGAGAACGAGCACUUCUGUCUACCCUUUCAUUUUUAACAGGGAAACACGAUCUGGUUCCAAACUACAGCUGUGAAACUGUUUCCUUAACACCUGCUAUAAUUGGAGAUGCCCUGUCAUCAUCUUCUCUGAUCAUGGCAACUGUACUGGGACUUUACAGGUAUCCCCAGGUAAGCUAUGGUUCUUCUGUUUCUUUGCUGAGUGAUAAAUUGUUAUAUCCAUCAUUUGUGCGGACAGUUCCAAAUGAUGUCUUCCAAGCCAUUGGUCUAGCUCAAAUGUUAAUAUAUUUUGGUUGGACUUGGGUAGGGAUUUUGGCUUCAGACAAUGAUUAUGGGAUACUGGGUGGCGAGACCCUCCAAAGAGAAAUUAUCAAGGCUGGAGGUUGUAUAUCAUUUACUGAAAAGGUCACCAAGGAUAAAGAAAAACAUUCUUCUCUUGUUAAUGUGAUUCAACAAACAUCAACAACUGUGAUUGUUGUAUACUCUACUUCUGAAAAUCUGGUACCACUGCUGGAGGCAAUUUCUGCUCAAAAUGUGACAGGGAGAAUCUGGGUCAGUACUACUGGAUGGAUUGUAUCUCCAGAUGUACUCAGUAUGAAGACUGUCAAAAUGUUAAAUGGCAGUGUUGGGUUCUAUACCCACAAGGGCAGAAUCCCUGGACUCACUGACUUUUUAUACAGUAUCCACCCUUUUAACUUUCCUAACGAUAUCUUUAUGACAACAUUUUGGGAGGAAGCUUUUGGUUGUCAGUGGCUAAAAUCUGAUGGGAAUACUACAUUGCUGAACUCAGCAACAAAUAAAAAAGCUCUGUCUUGCACAAGUCAAGAGGAUUUAAGAAAGCUCAGCAUUUCUGUGUAUGAUGUGUAUAAUUUCACCUACAUGCUUAGCACAUAUAAUGCAGCUUAUGUGGUAGCACAUUCCCUUCACAGCAUGUUUUCAUGUAGAAAUGGAAAAGGUCCAUUUCAGAAUGGGGAAUGUGGAAGCAUCCAUGAUUUCCAGUCUUGGAAGCUGCACCAUUAUACCAAAAAUGUCAAUUUUAAAAAUACUGGAGGUGAACAAAUGUAUUUUGAUGCAAAUGGUGACCCACCUGCAAGAUAUGACAUCCUCAAUUUUGCCUUGCUCCCAGAUGGAACAAACAGAUACCUUCAAGUAGGUAGCUUUGAGAACAAAGCCAUUGGAAGGCCAGACCUCACCAUCAAUGUAGGAGACAUUUUAUGGAAUGAAAGAUUCAAUCAGAUCAUCCAUGAGCCUUUUGCCAAUGGAUAUGGACAGGAUAAUGAGGAGCUUCCUCAGAGUCCAGAUAGAGAUGGGUCUCUUGGCAUCUCCAGCCUGCUUGGACUCGGCAAGAUCCCCGGCUGCAGGGUUGCCCUCUCCUAUUCUGACUCUUCCUGUUUCAAAACUGCAGUACCCAGUUCACCCAAGGGAGGCAUUGAUGAGUCUGGAAAUGCAUACUUUUCUGACUCCAUCAGGGUCCCUGACCAGAUUGAUUCCAUUGCCAUUGGAUCAGAGCAGGUCUUGGCUCAGAGAGAAUUUGUGGAAUGCUCUGAUUCUGUCACAGUACCACUGAUGGAAUUUGUGGAAUGCUCUGAUUCUGUCACAAUUCCACUGAUGGAAUUUGUGGAAUGUUUUGAUUCUGUCACAGUUCCACUGAUGGAAUUUGUGGAAUGUUUUGAUUCUGUCACAGUUCCACUGAUGGAAUUUAUGGAAUACUCUGAUUCUGUCAAAGUUCCACUGAUGGAAUUUGUGGAAUGUUUUGAUUCUGUCACAUUUCUAUUGAUGGAAUUUGUGGAAUGUCCUGAAUUUGUCAAAGUUCCACUUAUGGAAUUUGUGAAGAUUUUUGAUUCUGUCACAGUUCCACUGAUGGAAUUUGUAGAAUGUUCUGAUUCUGUCACAGUUCCAUUGAUGGAAUUUGUAGAAUGUUCUGAUUCUGUCACAUUUUUUUUCCCACAGAUUCCACAUUCUGUCUGUAGUGAAAGCUGUCUACCUGGAUAUCAAAAGGCUUCUCGUCGAGGUCAGCCACUCUGUUGCUUUGACUGUUUAGUCUGCUCCAAGGGAGAAAUCACCAAUAAGACAGAUUCUGUGAGCUGCCUGAAAUGUACAGAGGAUUUCUGGACCAAUGAAAAGCGAGAUAUGUGCAUUCCAAAAAUCCUAGAUUAUCUGUCCUACGAAGACCCUAUUGGAACUUCAUUGCUUUUUUCUUCCAGUGCCCUGAGUGUGUUAACAGUUUCCGUUCUCUGCAUUUUCAUUAAAUUUAAGAACACUCCAAUAGUUAAGGCAAAUAACCGUGAACUCAGCUACUUUCUGUUAUUGGCCCUUGCACUUUGCUUCUUGUGUUGCCUGCUGUUUAUUGGUCAUCCCAUGAAACUGAACUGCAUGUUUCGUCAAGUGGUAUUUGGGAUAACAUUUUCUCUUUGUGUGUCCUGCAUUUUAGCCAAAACUGUCAUUGUGAUGAUCGCCUUUAGUGCCACAAAGCCAGGCAGCAGACUGAGGAACUGGGUAGGAUCCAGAGUAUCGAUUCCUAUUGUCAUCACUGGAUCACUGGUUCAGGUCAUCAUUUGUUUUGUUUGGUUGUCUGUAUCUGCACCAUUCCCAGAAUUCAACAAAACCUCAGAAGAAGGAAAGAUAAUUAUAGGGUGCAAUGAAGGUUCAACAUUUACCUUUUGGAUCAUGCUGGGAUACUUGGGUUUGUUAGCUGUUGUCUCUUUUGUGGUUGCCUUCCUGGCCAGGAACUUACCUGGUAGCUUCAAUGAGGCCAAGUACAUUACCUUUAGCAUGCUUGUGUUUGUCAGUGUGUGGCUGUCAUUUAUCCCUGCAUACUUGAGCACCAAGGGGAAGUAUAUGGUGGCUGUGGAACUUUUUGCUAUCUUAGCUUCUAGUGCUGGAAUGCUUGGCUGUAUAUUUUUACCUAAAUGCUAUAUCUUAAUACUGAGGCCAGAACUGAACACCAGGGGAUAUAUGGUAGAAAAGAACUGACUCACAGAUCUACAGCAAAUAGUAAUU